GUGCAUUACUACAUUCUCUCAGAAUUGAUGACAUUUGAAAAUAGUGUUCACUGCUAUAACAAUUACAAAAUAAUACAAAAACUUUCAUUGUUAGAACCUGGUUAGCCUAAAGGCUGCUCUUAAAAAUAGCAAGUACAAAUUUAAGCCAACAUUUCAAAAACCUGUCUAGAAAAGUAAUUAUAUUUUAGGUAUAGGACUUUAAUGUUUAUGUUUAUUUCAGUUUGGAAUUCCCCAUUGUACACUGUGAGAUUGGGGAUGGAUUGCAGCUGCUUUCAUGAAAACAGUUCAUAAAUAUACUUAAAAACAAUUAUUACAGCAUUAAAUGACCUCCCACAAGUGUUUGUUCUUUUAGCAGAUGUUCAUAUGGAGGUGCAUUACCCUUUUAUUUCUGUAAUUGUAUGUUACUGAUAUAAAGCAAAAUUGUUAGCCUAUGUUUUUGUUUAUGUUCUAAGGUGCGUGUAAAGUCAUGGCUGUUUAAUUUGUCAAAAUAUUUUUUCUGUCUUGUGCUAGUGAAACAACUAUAACAUCUCUUACUUCCGAAAUUUUUCAUGCUAUUCCUAGAUCUUGAGCUGUUUUAAUGUGAUUUUAGACAAUGUUCUUUAUCUAACUAUGUUGCACCUAACUGUCAGGAAUUGUUAAGUACAGAGAAGCCUUUGAACGUUUGAAGAAUGCUAUUCUGUAAGCAAAUACUCACCUGAUUUCCCACCCUUUCCUGCAACUCUAGGUGGUCAGGAAGAUUGAAAAGUGCUGCCUGUCUCCUUUUACUGUUGCACAGAGGUUUGCAACUAGCUGCCAAAACUCCAGUUUCUUUGCAAAGGGUAUUUUGUUGUUUGACAGGGACAUUUACAUUCAUGCCUGCGUAUGGAUUGACAUGACAUCCAUCCCCUCCAUUUUAGAGACUGAGGGCAGAAGCUAACAGAGUGUCUGUGAUCCUGCUGAUUGUUGUUCCAGAUGAGACCCACCCUUUAUUCAACAGGGAAUUAGUGCUUUGUGUUCUGAAUUGGAACAGGUCAGUAGUGCUCCCUUUUGUUCUGCUGGCCUGUCCCAUUCAGUUUGGAUUGUUUUAACAACUGUUAGCUUCCUGCCCUCAAUUUAGGCUCCUUUUUACUAGCAGUGCAUUGUAACUGGGCACCUAUAGCAUCAAGUACAGUAAAGGUCAUAGGAAUGUGUACAUAUUGAAUUAGUUGAAUUUAGAUAUGGGUGUAAUAAUUUGGACAAGUUAGACCUGACUUAAGUAUUAUGGAAUUCAUUGGGCUACUAGGUGGCCAUAGAUAAGUCUUAGCCCAAUUUACAUAACAGAAUUUUGAGGGCAAAAUGAGGUUACUGUACCAAGGGCUUACAAGUCAUAUUAGGAGAAUAGGUUUGGACAGAAGAGAGUGGGUCUUGUGAAAGGGAUAGCAAUAAAGAUGCAGCCAAAGUGAGGCUAUGGCAGUUAAAGAGGUUUUGCUGAAAUGAACUCUGAAUAAAAUGGGAAGAUUUUUGUUAUUGUCCUUCAAAGGAGGAGUAAGUAUUUUAACCCUAAGCAGUAAUGUGCGAGAUUGAACAAAAGGAAGAAUUACAUGAAAGACAGAGAUUGAUUUUGUGGAGUAUUCAGCAGAUAAGAAACUUCUAUGAGGUUGACUUAUUCUUAUGGUGACUGCAUUUCUGAAAUUAACUCCUGUAUUUUAAUACUUUUGGUUUAUUUCAACUGGGCACAAAACAAUUUGCUACUAUCUAAAAUACACUGUGUGCACAUUUUUUGGGAGAUUUUCCCUUUAGUGAUUAAACUUGCCUGAAAUCAUGGUUAGUGUUUCUGUGUAUACUUACACACCCAUUUAUAAGCUAGGUGUGUGUCUCAGAUAUGCUUUCUUUUAAAAGCUUUCAGCCUGCACAUUCUAUUAUACAUUUAGAGGGUGCUUUUAUUACUUGAGUUUACGUUAAAUUUUCACAAGCACACCUUUCUAUAUAACUUUUAGAGGAGUUAUCUCAUAAAACUUAGCUAUAUGGCACCUUUUAAAUGGCAAUUUUUGACACCCUUGUCCAUGCAGUAUAACAGUAUCUUCAAAGCAGCAAGAUCAGCACCUGCCAGCAAUAUCUGACGUGCAGCCACUAAAAUCUGGAACAUGCCUUGGAGACAGAUUGAGUAUAAUUGAAUGAACACACCCUGGGGCCCAGAAGAUACUUGUUUUGAGUAUGGUGUUUUUCCGGCGAUUUUGAGUUUUCCUCUUGAUUAUCCCUUAAGUCCUCCAAAAAUGAGGUUCACGUGUGAGAUGUUUCAUCCCAAUAUUUAUCCAGAUGGGAGAGUUUGCAUUUCUAUUCUUCAUGCUCCUGGGGAUGACCCAAUGGGCUAUGAAAGCAGUGCAGAACGAUGGAGCCCAGUACAAAGUGUGGAGAAGAUCCUCUUGUCUGUGGUCAGCAUGCUGGCAGAACCAAAUGAUGAAAGUGGAGCCAACGUGGAUGCCUCUAAAAUGUGGAGGGAGGACAGGGAGCAAUUUAAUAAAAUCGCCAAGCAAAUUGUCCAGAAAUCACUCGGGCUUUAAAAAAGGAAGAGGACCGAAACUUUUGACAAUCGUUGAAUUGAACUUAUUGCAGUUAAACAGAUGAUACUACUCUGUGUUGGUACCAAAAGGCAAAUGUUGCAAAAUUAUUGACUGGGUUUCUUACUUUUCCGCCCUUCAUUCUUCCAGAUACAUAUACACAAAUCUCUUUCCAUUUUUUUCCUCUGGAAAAAAAUCUGUCUUCAUCUAAGAUAUUUCAGUAGGUGGAAUUGAAAUGGAUCUAGUUAGAGAAGAAAGAUUGUGUACUACUACAGUCACUUUGCAGUAGUGACAGCUUGGAAACACAUUUCUUUGUGAGUGUAUCUCUUCGGUUAUAUUUUUAUUAUUUUCUUAUUCUUUUUCAAUGCAACAUUGUGCACUUGGGAAUCAAUUUUCUGGAAAAUGAGAACCACUGUUUUAAGGACAUCUUUCAUAUUUUUGUGUAACUUAAGUUAAAAACACCUUGUGUCCUCAAAUACUGCAAAACUACAUCCUUAAAGUUAAACGACCACCAGCUUAUUUAUGUUCUCAAGGUAAUUUAAACAGUGAGUAACUGUUUCUAAUGGUGAUGAAAUUGUCAGUAUAAUCAGUCUCUGACUUCCAGGUAGAGCAGUCUGUCUGCCUAAGUGAACAAGCCUUUUUGUGACUGUUUCUGAAUGCUUUCAGCCAUGAUCAAGUUCCUCUUGAGACAUCAGCUGAACUUGUUACAGCCCCAUUACACUUGAUCUUACUUGAGCAAUAAUUCCUAAAAUGUAUUGGUUUUGAUGAACUGGUAUAUCUACUCAUAAUGGAUGAUGGAAAUAACAGAUAGAUAGUUGGCUGAUUGUAUGGCAGAAAAGCAAUCUCUCCUAAGUUAUUUUUCUCCUAAGUUAUGCUGAUAUGACAGUGCUGAUACCUAAUACAGAGUCAGUUUUGAAUCUAGUGUUGUCCAUACUAAACUGCUAAAGGAAAUAGGAUUAACAAAAUCCAGUAUAAAUAUUGUCUAGAUUAGCAGGAGUGUGUGGUUAUUAACCUUGAUUACUCUUGUAUUCUCUUGAAGGUGCUAUUGGAGAGAACCUCAAUCUUGGUGGAAGUUUCUGAAAAGAAUGGGUUAGAUCCAGACUUUGUUAUAUUUAGAUUAGACUCACCAAAAUCAGUAGAAUUUCAGUGAUGACUAAGUAUGACUCAAUUUGGAUCAACCAUAUCUGUAUUUGCAUCAAAGAAAUGAAAGAUACUGCUCUAUUCUUUACUGCCUAGUUCCUUCUCAGCCAAAAAGAAAGAUCAGAUUUUCACUAUAUAUUUCAUGGCCAGGUAUGGAGCAAUUGAUAUCCAUUUCUUGUUAUGUAACACAGUUCUACAUCUGACACUGUUUUAAAAUGCCAAGUUUGAAGAUAUUUUGCAAGAAGUAGAUAGAGGCUUGGAUUAGUCUUAUAUUAGUAUUUACACUUGAAACCAAUUUUUAAUUUUAAAGUGAUUUCUAUGAAUGAUUGGGUCAAAAAUUAUUUUGUGACAGUAUCUUGUGGACCUGAAUUCACAUUAUGUAUUUCUCAUCUGGAACAUCCUUUGGUAUUUUAUUCCCAUUGGAAUUCCAUCAUUGAACUGCUGGCUUAAGUGGGAGUAUGAGCUCCAGUGAAAAUUAAUUCCCAUAUUUUGCCUGAUCUGUUAGUGAAGUUGAAUCCAAGCAUUACUUUAGUUGUGCUAAGCUCUGCUUUCACGAGAGAGAUUUGCCAUGACAGAAAUGCCAAUGGAGUGAUGUCUGAAUCAAAGAUCUUUCUCCAUUCUAAAGUUUUGAGGGAGGUGUAAGUUUGGGUGUGGAUGGUGGGGAGAAACCUUGGGAGAAAUAUUAUUUUUUCCAAAAUGGCACCCACAGAUGUUUCCUCUCCACAUGGAAGAUGUUUGUUCAUUUAAAAAGACGUUAUGUAGCUUGAAGGACUCAGUGUGACCUCAGCAUUCUGAAAUGAUGGUGUUAUAAGUUCCAUUGUGUAAGGGUGGUUACAAGUUCUGUGGGAAAUCUAUCCUAUUUUUUAUGCAGUAUUCACAUGUAUUUGAAACUCAUUGUUUUAUAAUGGACACGGAUCUCUAAAGAAAAUAAAGACAUAUUUUCUUGAAAAGUA